AUGGAGUGUGAUAUGUCACAAGCCUUCCAGGAAGAACUCACAUGCCUCAUCUGCCUGAACUGCUUAACAGACCCAGUCACCAUAAGAUGUGGACACAGCUUCUGUGGGCCCUGCCUCUGCCUCUCCUGGGAAGACAUCGAACGUCCUGCCCAGUGCCCUGUGUGUAGGGAGCCAUCCCAGCAGAAGGACCUCAGAACCGACCAUCUUCUGAAAGAGCUAGUGUCCAUUGCCAGACAAGACAGCCUCAGAAAGUGCCUGAGCUCUGAGGAGAACUUGUGUGUGACCCACAAGGAGACAAAGAGGAUCUUUUGUCAAGAGGACAGGAUCCUGCUCUGUCAGCUCUGCUCCAACUCUGAGGAGCAUGAAAGUCACACUCUCUGUUCCAUUGAAGCAGCUGUUGAGGAGCAGAGGGAGAUACUUCGAGAGCAAAUGACACACUUAUGGAAAAAGAUCCAAGAAAAUCAGAGGAAUCUAACUGAAGAGAGAAGAACAGUCUUGGCUUGGAUGGGCUAUGUGUUUCUACAUGAAGUAAUGAUCAGGACAGAAUACAGGAAGUUGCAUCCAAUCUUAUUCGAGGAAGAAAAACAAAACAUAAAGAAUCUGAAAAAUGAAAGCCAGUGGAUUUUGGAGAAGCUAAGAAAAAGUGAAGCCAUGAUGGUCCAAAAGAGGAAUCAGCUAAGAGAUACGUAUCAGAAACUGGUGGCGAUGUACCAUGGAACACAUCUGGAGCUGCUGCAGGAUCUGGGAGAGAUAUUGACAAGGAGUGAGUCCGUGCAACGGUGCAUGCCCCAGCCUGUGAAACCAGCACUCAGUGCCAAACCCAUCACUGGUCUGAUCCAUAGGUUUAACCACUACCGAGUGAACAUUUCUUUGGAAACUAUAAUCAUGAUCCAUUACAAGAUGAGCCUAUUUAAUUAUGUGAAGCGACUCAGCUUUAAACAUCACCUCCAGGACACAUCUGUGAAUUCUGAUGAAGCCUACUAUGUCUCCUGGGGAACACAGAGAUUCAGCUAUGGGAAACAUUACUGGAAGCUGGAUGCAACCGACUCUUGGGACUGGGCUAUAGGGAUCUGUAAAGAUUCCCAGUUAAUUAGGUGUGGCCCACUGAUUGAACUGAAGGACAUGUUCCUUCUUGUAUUUGUGAAAGACCGCGACCAUUACAGCCUCCUGACUACCUCCCCAUCACUUACUCACUAUGUGGAGAUACCACUGGGCAAGGUUGGGGUGUUCCUUGAUUGUGACCUUGGAAGUGUGAGUUUCUUCAAUGUAGACAAGAAUUCCCUCAUAUGGAGGUACCCUGCUGGCUCCUUCAAUUUCCCUGUUAGGCCUUUCUUCUCAGCUCGCUGUAUAUGA